CGGCGAUGACUGAAUAUGACGAUAUUGACGCAUUGGCUGUACUAGGUGUGACAGAGGAGGCUAGUGAAGCUGAGAUACGUAAAGCUUACAGGAAACGUAGUUUGAAAGUACACCCGGAUAGAAAUCCAGACAAUCCAGUGGCAGCUGAGGAAUUUCACAAAUUGACAAUAGCAGCUGAAAUACUUCUCGAUCCAUCGAAAAGAAUUCAAUUAGCGGAUGUAGCAAAGGCUAAGAAAGCUAAAGCAGAACGUUUUGCUAAAUUUGAUACCCGAAGGCAAGAUUUACAAGCUGAUUUAGAUAGACGCGAGAAAGAAGCUCUAGAAGAGCGAAAACUGGCACAAAAGCAGAAAAGAGAUGCACAAUCUGAGUUAGAAAGGGUACGCGAAGAGGGUAAACGUAGGCGGAUGGACAAAACACAACAACUCAAUCAGGAUCUCGAAAGAGAGAGUAAAUUGAACCUUGAUAAAGACCCCGAGGAAUCAUCACCUCAAGACAAAGUCAUUAGAUUGAAAUGGACACGUAAAGAACGUCCAAAUUGGUCAGGCGAUGUUAUUGAAUCUAAUAGGGAUGCAAUUUUUGCAAUACUGAGUACAUUCGGUAAGGUAAAUCAAGUUGUUUUACCACCAAAGAAGGAAUUUACAGCUUCUGGCAAGAAACCUAAAUCAUCGUCUGCGAUCGUUGAAUUUGAUGAUCUUGUUGGUGCUUUUGGAGCUGUUCAGAGUAGUAAAAGGGGCGUACUUGAUGGCGUAUCAGUUGAUUGGAUCGGCGGUGUUGAACCUUCAUCUAUUCAGGAACUUAGAGAUAGUGGACGGCUACAUGGGAAGUCUGAAAACACCUCUGGUGAUACCCCUUCAUUUGACUUUACCAUUCCCGUUCCAAAUAGCAAGAUAUCCUACGAAAGCGAAACUCUAAUGCGCAUGAAAGAGAGGGAGAGAUUGAGGCAACAGAUACUUGAAGAAGAAGGAGAAUAGCUGUAAAACUUCCCUAUUGUUUACGUGAUUUAUUGGCCUUUGCAUUAGUGAAUGAAAUAUUCGUUCUUUUGCUAGACGUGUUUACUUUCUCUGUUGAACGUUCGCGUUGUUUGGCUGCUAUAGCAGCUGCAGAUGAGUCCCUAUGGGAGUAUUCAGAGUAGAUGUCUACAUUGGAUGCAUACUCGUCGACGCCGACCCAGCUAAUAAGCUUUGCGUUAAUGUGAGGGUUGUGGAAUUGUUGUGAUUGCUGCAAUUUAUCGUUGAAAUGCAUGCCAUUUUCUUUAAGUUUCUUGUAUUGGUCCAUUUUACGGUUAGUAGUCUCAUUGGAUGGCCCACCUUUGUUCUCUUUUAUGCGCCAUUCAACUGUACUCCCCACAGCGCACGGAUUGAGCUCUUCGAUUCCGACCAUCGACGUCAGCAAGAAAGAAGACGGGGCGGAUGUCGUCCUCUACCUGCGUAGCGAUGGUGAGCGACUUCUACUUCCCGAGUGUUGGCGGUGUUGAAUCGCAUAUAAUGCAUCUAUCGAGAACACUCACUUCUCGUGGUAAACGUGUGAUAGUUAUAACCCACGAAUAUCCCAACUAUCGCGGUAAACGUGUAGAAGACGGUGUCACGAUUUACUAUCUCCCCAUACCAAUUCUACCAACAACAGCUAACGCAAGUCUCCCAAAUUUCUUCUCAGCUCAUGCUUUACUUAGGAGAAUAUACAUUACAGAGAAUGUCACCAUCGUUCACGCUCACGGUGCGCUAUCAAGUCUGGCACAUGAGGCACUCAUGCACGCUCGUUGGAUACCCGGUAUAAAAUGCGUAUUUACAGACCACUCUUUGUUCGGGUUUAGGGACGGUGUUGGUAUACUCACCAACAAACUCCUGCGUUUCGCUUUAUGUGAUGUCGACGCUGUCAUUUGCGUAUCGCAAUCUGGGAAGGAAAACACGACACUGAGGGCCCAUUUGAAUGAUAGAAAGGUAUAUGUCAUUCCAAAUGCCAUUAUUAGUGAUGAUUUUAAGCCAUUGUUGGCUCCACCAGAGAAAAAGAUUACUAUCGUUACAGUCUCAAGAUUGUAUUAUCGUAAAGGGAUAGACCUGCUCAUCGCAGCUGCACCAGUCAUAUGCGCGAAACACCCAGAUGUACACUUUGUCGUAGGUGGAGACGGUCCGCGGAUGACAGAGCUCGAACGGAUGAUUGAGAGGUAUGGUCUACAAGAUCGCGUGGAGUUGCUUGGGAAUAUACCACUAGGGAGUGUGCGUAACGUUAUGGCUCGUGGGCAGAUAUACCUCAAUACCAGUCUGACUGAAUCCUUCGGUAUAGUCCUCCUCGAAGCUGCCUCAACCGGUUUGUUUGUCGUCAGCACCAAGGUGGGCGGUAUACCGGAAGUACUACCGGAAGAUAUGAUUGAGUUUGCUGGGGAUGUCAGCCAAGAUAGCGUUGUCGACGCUAUCGGACGCGCGAUAAACGUUAUCAAGGGAGAGUCCAGAGAGGAGACAGUAAAGCGCCAGCAGAGAAACCACAUAAGAGUUGCAGAGAUGUAUAGCUGGGAUAAAGUUGCAAAACUCACGGAGGAUGUCUAUUGUGAUGUCUUGCAAUCAAAAGAGUUGUCUAUAUAUGAAAGAAUACAGAGAGCCCACAACACUGGAAUCGUAGCAGGCAAGAUUUAUACCAUCGUGAUCAUGGUUGACGCCAUAAUUGCGCUCAUCCUUGAGUUUUUCUAUCCACCGUGAAGAGUUGAAAUGAAGACGACGACGUCACCUUGUUCAAGUUCACCGUCGAGCUCAUCGCGAAGCUCCCAGUCGCAGUCAUUUAUCAAGACGAGGAUACCUGGACGCCUAGGGAGUUGUAGAGAAGACAAGAAUAUAAGGAGAAACUCACACUGUAUCACCCUCAAUAAAUAAUUCCUUACGUUCGUUGAUGUGCUCAUCAGCGAGAUGCUUGAUUAGAUCCCUCACCGUUGGCUUUCCUUGCGUGCUCAGGCUAACGUUCAACUCUGGUGUGUUGUUGAAGAGAAUCUCGAGACCACCACUGUAGUCGGCGUUAUUAUAAGAUAAUAUGAAUAAAUAGAGUGCUACCCAAAUUCAAUUUUUAAAUUCGUUGUCG